UUCUUUCUUUCUUUCUUUCUUUCACGUCUCUUUUUUUUUCUUCUUCUCUCCUCUCUUUCUUUCCUCCUCUUUUUUUCUUUUUUAAUUCAAGAGAAAAAGUAUUAUUAUUAAAAAAGUGUUGUAAACUUUUAUAUAUAUUUCAUAUCAACAAGAUAUCAUUUGGUAAUGUCACUUUUAUCUAUCCAACAAUUACAAUUCAAUGGAGAAAACAAGAUUUCAUACACAGAACCAGAAAUGUAUGCACUCAGUAACAUGUUGAAUCGUGAUCAUCAUGUAACGGCAACAACAAAUAAUAACAAUUAUUAUCAUCAACAACAACAGCAUCAUCAUCAUCGACUGCCUUCUGUAACUGCUAUGAAACGACCUCCAUUCAUGAAUCAUUAUAAUCGACUAGCCUAUGUAGAUGCCCUCGUAGAUGCAAAUGCAAUGGCUAUCGAAUCAAUUUGGAAUAUGAAGUUGACAGCCAAUAAUAUCAAUGUUGUGCCACUUCGAACUUUUAUUCAAGAAGUACUCAAGAGAUCAAGGACGACAUAUUCAACAUUACAAACAGCUCUAUUUUACUUAUUUCGUAUUCGACCCUCCGUCGUUAGUCAUUUAUCUCGAAUGCAUCAUCGACAACCAUAUUGGGAAGAUGCGUAUGUAAGCUGUGGUAGACGCAUGUUUUUGGCGAGCCUUGUCGUUGCAUCUAAAUUUGUACAAGAUAAAACCUAUCGAAACUCGGCAUGGGCUAAAAUAGCUGGAUUACCUGUUAGCGAGAUUAACGCCGCCGAAAGGAUAUUUUUAAACAUGAUUGAUUAUCGACUUUACAUCUCUCAGCCUACUUUUGAGCAAUGGUAUCAACUAUUGCAUAUUCAUAUCGAAGCCAAGACUCAAAACCAGCCCACUCAUUUACAUGAUUUGAACUUGAAUUUCAACCCUCCUGAUUUGAUUCAUUCACCUACCAGUCCUUCGACUCCACCUUCAUUUUCUCCUGAUACUCCAACCGGUUGGACCCUAUUACUUUCACCAAAUACUUUUUUACCUCCCAAAGAUACAUCAAAACAACGAUAUAGAAAAGAAGAAGAUCAUUGUUAUUAUCCUCAUCCGUUACGACCUCAACCAUUACCUUUACUCUCAAUGUCUCUACCAAGUUCAAUUCAUUCUUCUCCUAUGCAAACACCUUCUCCGAUUAGAACAAGUCAAAAAAGAAAAUAUACUGAUGAUGAAGAUCAUUUCUCUAUUGGAUAUCAUGUCAGUCAUGUUAGACAAUCAUCUAAAAAAUCAAGAUAAAUACCCCCCCUCCCCUUUCUUUUGAACAUUCAUAAUCCUUUCAUUCGUUGCUCUCUCUCUCUCUCUCUCCUUAUCUUUAUAUGAACAAACACACACACACACUUUCAUAUUUAUAUAUAUACUAUAUUUAUAUAUAUAACUAUAUGCCUUAUUUUGUUAGAGGAGUAAAUAUUUUUAUAUAUAUUCUUACACAUAUCACUAUUACACUUUAUUAUUAUUCACAUCUAUAAAUAUCUUGAUUUUUUAUGUAUUUUUAUGUGUUGUAUUCAGAUAAAAUAAAUCAUUUGCUG